UAUAUACAUGCCUUCAGUCAUAUAGUUUGGUGCAUUAGAAGAAGCAGCUAUCUAUGGAGCUAACUGGUAGGAGAAUGACAUGGAUAUGUUCUUAUGUGCUUCUUCAAAUAUUGUUCUUCUCUAGCUAUGCCACUUCACGUUCCAUAGUCAAGACUCUACCAGGUUUUGAUGGCGAUCUCCCAUUCAAGCUUGAAACUGGCUACGUAGGUGCGGGUGAAAUGGAUGACGUACAACUGUUUUACUCUUUUGUCGAGUCUCAAAGAGAACCUUCAAGUGAUCCUCUCCAAAUUUGGAUCGGUGGAGGGCCCGGUUGUUCUUCUUUCCAGGGGUUCUUUUAUGGAAAUGGACCCUUAUCUUUUGAUUAUAUAUAUUCUGAGGAAAGGUUGCCCACACUUCAUUUGAACCCAGACACUUGGACAAAGGGCCUUAACUUGCUAUUCAUAGAUGCACCAGUUGGCGCCGGAUUUUCUUACUCAAAAAGCUUUGACGGCUACUCUACGACCGACCGAAAAACUGUAGCAAAUCUUUACAAUUUUCUGCAAAAGUGGAUAAUCGACCACUCUGAAUUUGCAGAAAAUCAACUUUACAUUGGUGGUGGUUCGUAUGCAGGCAUUUUCAUUCCAGUCUUGGCUCAAAAAAUAUAUGAUGGUAACGAAGCUGGGCUCAAGCCACACUUCAAUCUCAAAGGAUAUGUGCUUGGGAGCCCAAAGAAAGAUUCAUAUCUUGAUGUUAACUCAAAAGUCCCAGCUGCUCAUCGUUUGACUCUUAUAUCGGAUGAACUCUAUAAGUCGGCCAAAGCAAGUUGCAAUGGAAAUUAUGUCAAUAUUGAUACAACCAAUGAAAGAUGUAUGAUGGAUGUUGAAGCUAUCGAUGAGUUAAUCAGUGGAAUAAACACAAAUCAAGUUUUGGAACCGUUAUGCACAAGUGGCUAUUUGAAACCCAAUAAAGUAGAUAGGGAUCAAAGAAUUCUCAUGAGGAAUACCAACAAUUUCCUCCAUUCAUUGCCUACAAAUAGUGCAUUAUGGUGUCGAGAUUAUGAAGAUGUAUUUGUUGAAAUUUGGGCAAAUGAUCCAAGUGUUCGAGAAGCUCUUCAUGUUAGAGAGGGAACCAAAGGAUAUUGGACGUUGUGCAACAUUUCCGACUUAGCUUACACAAAGGAUAUUCUGAGUACUAUUGAUUAUCACCGAAAUCUAAGUAAAACCAGACUCCGAGCUCUCAUAUACUGUGCUGAUCUUGAUCUGUCAAUUCCACAUAUCGGUACACAAGAAUGGAUAAGGUCAUUGAAUUUCACUUUGGACGAUUCAUGGCGUGCAUGGUUUGUUGAUGCUCAAGUUGCAGGAUACACAGAGAGGUACAAAUAUGACAAUUUCUACAUGACAUACUCGAGUGUUAAGGGAGCUGGUCAUGUAGCUGAUUUGUACAAGCCUAAGGAGGUCUAUAACAAGAUUGAUAGAUGGUUCGCAUAUUACCCUCUAUGUCUUAAACGAGAAAAUGGGGCUAAGCUUAACCCACCACGACGUAAACUAGUGCUACAACCUCCAACUCCUGAAAGAUCCACACGCCUUUCAAUGGCACUUCCAUCUGACCAACAAGGAAGAUUUGGAGACUAUUCUCAGGGCGGCGAUUUUUGGUCUCCUGUUCCGGAGGGCAUCUCGUUGGCCGGCUCUUCUUCGUCCCACCAAGCAGCGGAAGCCAAGGGUGAUUCGGGUUUGCCCGAAGAAGGAUUCGGUGUGUUUGACCAGGCUAGUCCGUCUGCGGAUCCCGCUGGUGACUUGGGUGACCCCGACCUUUCCAAGGCGGAUCUCUUGUCAGCGGGGACAUCCUCUCAGGCGGAGAUGGGUCUUAAAAGGAAGCCCCAGACAAGCCUGUUCAACCUAAUUGAGGGCCAGCCGGGGAAGGAGGCACCAGGAAAGUCGCAAUCCAAACUUCCCCCUCCUCCACCACAGCCUUAA